AUGGAUAUCAAAACCUUACUAAACAAUCUUCAUGAAGAGGUCUCCUGUUCUGUGUGUAUGAACACAUUCACUGAUCCGAAAACGCUGCCGUGUUUACAUGUCUUUUGCCUGCAUUGUUUGAACGGGAUUCUUAGAACGAGUGGCCGCCACGAUAUCAUCGCAUGCCCUGAAUGUCGGAAAGAGAUUCAAGUUCCUAGAAGUGGAAAUCUUGAGGAUCUUCCAACCAACUUUCGCAUCAACAGUCUCCUUGACGUGUUGGUCAUCAAAGAGUGCAAUGCUACUGAAGUCAGGUGUGGAAAUUGCGAAGAGAGCAGCUCCCAAAGCUUUUACUGCUUCCAAUGUUGUGCAUUCUGGUGCGAGGCUAACUGCAUCAUUCAUCACAAUGGAAUAAAAGCGAAUAAGGAACACCGUGUAUUAGCGCUCAAAGACUUUAAAGACCAAGAUUUUGAGAAUGUUUUGAAGCGACCGGUAUUUUGUCGCAGCCGUGGCCACGAGGGUAAGGAAUUAGAGUUUUUCUGCAAAGAUUGCUGUGUUGCAAUUUGCCAUUCGUGUGUUGCCACUACUCAUGACGGUCACGCCAAGAUGCUUUUGGAAGAAGCUGCAAAUGAUCGAAAAUUACUUGCGAAGUCUCUGAUCGAGAAUCAGAAGAAAACAGCAUUGGAGUAUAGGCGAGAAAUUGCUCGACUUGACUCGGACUGCGCCAAAAUUCAAGAACAUGUCGCCAGUGUAAAGAAAAGCGUGCAACAGUUUGUUGACAGCCUGAUGGCUGUUAUCGAGGCACAAAAGCAAGAAACCUUUGAUGACUUAGACAACAGAGCUGCAAAGUCCAUACAUCGCCUGAGGAUACAAAGAGGUGAGAUUGAAAACCAAGUGAAAAUAACUGAAACAGGCAUCGAAGCUACUGAGGCAAUUCUGCAACGGAAUAUUAGCGCUGAAAUCAUGCAGUCAAACAAAAUUCGAGAAGUAACAUUUCAGGGUCAAGUUGAGUCAGCCUAUCCUCCCAUUGGCAAUGAAAGCAUUGCAGAUUUUGAAUUUGUUAGAAAUCAAAGAUUGUUUGAUCAUGCAUGGACUGACAGAAUUGGCUUUGUGAAAGUUCUUCCUACUUGUCCAACUAAGUCGAGCGCCUCCGGAGAAGGAAUCAGUGAACCGACCACUGGACUAGAAGCUAACAUAAUGUUGACAACAAGAAAUGCUAAAGAGGAACAGUGUUAUGAAAAGCGUGACUAUGUAACAGUUGAGAUAAAAAAUCAGGAUGGCCAUGACUGUGCAACGGAGACACGAGUCCAGGAUAACAAAGAUGGUAGCUACAAGAUCAGCUAUUUUGCGAAAGAAACCGGAAAAUACGGUGUGUCUGUGAAGGUCAAUGGAGAGCACAUUCGUAACAGUCCCUUUGCUGCUGAAGUAAAACCCAGACAGUUCAGAGCCGUGUUAUCCUUCGGAAAACAUGGUUCGGCCAAGGAAGAUUUUACAUAUCCCUGGGCAGCAGCAGUGAACGAACGCGAUGAAAUUGUAAUCACUGACAGUUGUAACAACAGGGUCCAGGUAUUCAGUAGUGAUGGAACUUACUUAGGAUCAUUUGGGUCUAAGGGGAAUAAAGAGGGAGAGUUUAACUCGCCUAAAGGGAUUGCAAUCGAUAAUGAAAGCGGAAUCAUCUUCAUAGCAGAUACAGCUAAUCACCGAAUUCAACUUUUCAGUGAGCAGGGGGAGUUUCUGAACAAAUUUGGUGUAGAGGGAAAUCUUGAUCACCAACUCAGCUUUCCUUACGGGUUAUCCAUCGAUAGUGACGGAAAUUGCAUUGUGGGUGAUAGCGGAAAUAAUAAAAUUAAGUUAUUUUCCCGUACCGGCCAGUUUCUCCGUAGUAUAGGCUCUGAGGGUUCUUUCACCUUUCCCUUUUACUGUAUCCAGUAUAAGGAAUAUCUUAUAGCAUCAGACUUUAAGGAAGACUGUAUCAAAGUUUUUGACAAAGCCGGACAUUUUCUGUACAAAUUUGGAAAGCGUGGAACAGGGGACGGAGAGUUCAAUGGACCUUAUCAUUUGUCAAUUAACAAAGCUGAGCACCUGAUGGUCUGUGAUGAAAACAAUCAUAGAAUUCAGCUGUUUGAGGUAAACGGAAAUUUUAUUGGAAAAUUUGGCUCAAAAGGAAAAGAGAUAGGACGAUUUUCUAGACCACUUUCUUCAGCAGUCCUCAGUGAUGGUAGGAUAGUUGUUACUGAAUUUUACAAUCAUCGGGUGCAGAUAUUUGAGUAG